GGGUAAUAUUCAAAACUUUUUUCUCAAUAGAUGGCGCUGAUCAAAUGGUAGUAAAAUGCAAAAUUUAGCAACAAUCCUACUUAUUCGCAUGAAAUGAUGAACGUAAAUCACAUGAAAUUGAUUUGUUGUUGCUUCCUAUUAUUAGAAUUUACUUAUUUUGUCCGAUUUCUAUUAAAAUUUGCCAAAUUGCUAUGCUUCUCCAUUACAUUUAACUACCAUUCUUCCGUGAGCUUGGAUGCAGGAUUUUGACAUUCUUCAUGUAUGAUCCGAGAGUCGAGCGAUAGAAACUGUGCUGUCAUUUGUUAGUGUUUACAUACCAUGGAAAAAUGAAGACCAGAUCAAGAAACAGAAACGAAAAAAAUAACAUUUGUGGAAUAAAAUACUCUGAAUCGUGCGCCAAACAAGGAAACAAAUAUUCCUGCAAUGAUCGCGACACACAAAAAUGCUGUUCAUAUCCGGAAAGAAUCAGCAACAGGACUUUCAGGAAAGCUUCAGUUAACCGAGUGCCUGCCACCAUAAAUUCAACAACAAAGUCUACGUUAAAGUCCCAGCCAAAUUGCCAAAAACCUUCGGCGAAUCGAGUGAAUUUAUCUACUGGAUUGACUAGAGGCAAUGCUGAUAUUAGAUGCAAAACCCGUACAGCCCAUACGAAAUCAAUACGCACUAAAAAAGUUGGCCGCAAAUGCCAAUUUGAAGGCAAAGAUAAAGAAAAUGAACCCGUCUGUGCCUCGAUGAGAACGUUGCAAAAUCUGCGCGCAAUAGCAGCAAAAGAAGGAAUUUCAACUGGAGGUCAGAAGGCACAACUGGAGGAACGGAUUCAUUGGCAUCGCAAGUUCAAUUUGAAUUCCACGAAAGUUCAACCCCUGCGUCCAGUUCUUCCACUUGAUGCCACAGAGUUUACAGAGGCAGAAGAGUACAAGCAGUGUGAUAAAAAAUUACAGCAAUCUCUUAGGUGGCUCUCUACAGUGCAAAUCUGGUCUUACUUUGUUUCAAGGUCAGCCCGCCAUGGAUAUGGUAAGGGCAAACAAUUGAAACAAGCAGCAUUUCUUCGAAAUAUUUGUUAUGCACAGAUUAACAAUGAAACGUUUCAAGUUCGUGGCUACUGCGGUGCAACAAUGCGUAAAAGUACAAUGUACCUGUUACGACUGGAACAUAACACCGAAGCUAUCACUAAAACAUCAUGUACAUGCCCCGCUGGUCAGGGCAAUUUAGCAGCCUGCAAGCAUAUAGCAGCACUUCUGAUGGCAUUGGAGGAAUUUGCAAGGACAGGUCAUUUACAACAAAACCAAACAUGCACAGAUGUGCUGCAAACGUGGCAUAGACCACCGAAACAUACUGAUCGCUCCAUGAUGUACAGGCCGCUCAAAGACAUUUUCAAAGAUAAUCAUUCAGAUCGACUCCCCCAAAUAACCGAUUUACCGUUAAAUGAUUUACAUAAACAAAUGAUGAAUAAUUCUCUGAACCGUGGAAUGCAUAUGACGAUACAUAGAAGUCGUUAUGUAAUGGACAUGCGCAACUACUUUGCUGAACAUUCCUAUGCAAAGAACACGAUAAGUGACGCUACCGAUCCUUGCGCGCCCGGAAACAGUGACAAUGAUUCUGGUUGGAAAAACGAUACAUAGACGUACAUGUAUUUCAUAGUAAGUAAACUUAAAUCUGUUAAGCUCUGUUCAUAAACCACGUAGACCAUUUUUUAGAAUUGUAGACUACUAUCAUCUAUUAAGUUACAGUUUUAUAUCCAGUGAAUCUUUAUCUGACUCUUCAACUCCGCAUUCCCCCAAAAGUGUACGUGGUUUAUGAUCGAUCAAAAAUAUAAUUAUUGUCAGCUGUCUUAUGAAACCCCUUCUAUUGACACUUUUUUCAACAUAUAAAAUCAAUUGUCAAUAUCUGUUUGUCUGUGGUAUUGUUAUAAAAAUUGAAACUGAUUUUAAAUAAAA